AGCGAGGCUAAAAGGCCCAGCCGCUGGACGGCGGGCAUCCCGGCCAGCAUGUCCCCAAGACGGAGUGUGUGUUGGUUCGUACUGGGCCAGCUGCUGUGCAGCUGCGCGCUGGCGCUGCAGGGCGGGAUGCUGUUCCCGAAGGAGACCCCUUCGCGGGAACUCAAGGUGCUGGACGGCCUGUGGAGCUUCCGUGCCGAUUACUCGAACAAUCGGUUGCAGGGCUUCGAGAAGCAGUGGUACCGGCAGCCGCUACGGGAGUCGGGCCCAACCUUGGACAUGCCGGUCCCUUCCAGCUUCAAUGACAUCACCCAAGAAGCAGAGCUUCGGAACUUCAUUGGCUGGGUGUGGUAUGAACGGGAAGCAGUGCUUCCACAGCGAUGGACCCAGGACACCGACAGGAGAGUGGUGUUGAGAAUCAACAGCGCCCAUUACUAUGCAGUUGUGUGGGUGAAUGGGAUUCAUGUGGUGGAACAUGAGGGAGGUCACCUCCCCUUUGAGGCUGACAUCACCAAGCUGGUCCAGAGUGGGCCCCUGACCACCUUCCGGGUCACCAUCGCCAUCAACAACACACUGACCCCUUAUACCCUUCCACCGGGGACCAUUGUCUACAAGACUGAUCCUUCCAUGUAUCCCAAGGGUUACUUCGUCCAGGACAUAAGCUUCGACUUCUUCAACUAUGCGGGGCUGCACCGGUCUGUGGUCCUGUACACCACCCCUACCACCUAUAUCGAUGAUAUCACUGUGACCACUGACGUGGACCGGGACGUUGGGCUGGUGAACUACUGGAUUUCUGUCCAGGGCAGUGACCAUUUCCAGCUAGAAGUGCGUCUUCUGGAUGAGGAUGGCAAAAUUGUGGCCCGUGGAACAGGGAAUGAGGGUCAACUUAAGGUGCCGCGUGCCCACCUCUGGUGGCCUUACCUGAUGCAUGAGCAUCCAGCCUACCUGUACUCCUUGGAGGUGACGAUGACAACACCUGAGUCUGUGUCUGACUUCUAUACCCUCCCUGUCGGGAUUCGAACAGUGGCUGUCACAAAGAGCAAGUUCCUCAUAAAUGGGAAGCCUUUCUACUUCCAAGGCGUCAACAAGCAUGAGGAUUCAGAUAUCCGAGGGAGAGGCUUCGACUGGCCUCUGCUGAUAAAGGAUUUCAACCUCCUCCGUUGGCUCGGGGCAAAUUCCUUUCGUACCAGCCACUAUCCCUACUCGGAGGAGGUACUUCAGCUCUGUGACCGAUAUGGAAUUGUGGUCAUCGAUGAGUGUCCCGGUGUGGGCAUCGUGCUGCCCCAGAGUUUUGGCAACGUGUCUCUUCGGCACCACCUAGAGGUGAUGGACGAGCUGGUGCGCAGGGACAAAAAUCACCCUGCGGUCGUGAUGUGGUCUGUGGCCAAUGAGCCUGUCUCUUCUCUGAAACCUGCCGGAUAUUACUUCAAGACGCUGAUCGCCCACACCAAAGCCCUGGACCCCACCCGUCCUGUGACCUUUGUGAGCAAUACCAGAUAUGACGCAGACCUGGGGGCCCCGUACGUGGACGUGAUUUGUGUGAACAGUUACUUAUCCUGGUAUCAUGACUACGGGCAUCUGGAGGUGAUUCAGCUGCAGCUGACUAGCCAGUUUGAGAACUGGUAUAAGAUGUACCAGAAGCCAAUUAUCCAGAGCGAGUAUGGAGCAGACGCCGUCUCGGGGCUUCAUGAGGAUCCACCUCGCAUGUUCAGUGAGGAGUACCAGACAGCUCUCCUGGAGAAUUAUCAUUUGAUCCUGGAUGAGAAACGAAAAGAAUAUGUCAUCGGAGAGCUCAUCUGGAAUUUUGCUGACUUCAUGACGAACCAGUCACCACUGAGAGUAACAGGAAACAAGAAGGGGAUCUUCACUCGACAGAGAAACCCCAAGAUGGCAGCCUUCAUUUUGCGAGAGAGAUACUGGAGGAUUGCCAACGAAACCAGAGGUUACGGUUCAGUGCCGAGGACCCAGUGUAUGGGAAGCAGACCGUUCACAUUCUAAAGCUACGACUACCUCACCGCAGACAGGGCCUGAUGAAGUGAAAGGUAUUCUCUCAGCAGAAGAGUUUUUCCUCUGGAGUUUGUGAACCAACACAAGGGGGACUUUAGAAGUGACAUGGAAGUUUUCCUUGUGUGGGGAUAAUGACUUGCAGUGCCUUAGGCUCAGUAAUGUGUCCUGCUGAGAAGUGUCCCAGGUCAUUUCUGUCAGGUUUUUUUUGGCCUUGGCUUUGUGUACUCUUGAAAACCUACUGUGUGAAUACUCACACUAAGAGCUCCUGGUUACCGGCUGAGGGACGGCUCACAAUUUAAGAAUACUGACUGUUCUACCAGGGGUUCCAGAUUCGAUUCCUAGCACCCACGUGGUCGUUAACUAUGAGCUGUUGCCCCAUUUCUCAGGUGAUGUACGAACAUACAUGUGGGGGGAGGGGAAUAGUCAUACGUGUAAAAUGAAAAUAAAUCUAAAUAAAACUGUUUUCUUUCAUUAUUA